AUGUCAGGAUUUGAGGCCUUCCGGGGGAAGGCUGAGCUUGAUGCCGAAACGAAGGACCUGAAGGAGGAAGAAAAGGAGGUGUACGACUCGGAGGACAUGGAGGAGGAUAAGAAGGAGGAGGAUGAGGAGGAGGAGGAGGAGGAGGAGGAGGAGGAGGAGGAGGAGGAGGAGGAGGAGGAGGAGGAGGAGGAGGAGGAUGACGAGGAGGAGGACGAGGAGGAGGACGAGGAGGAGGAGGAGGAGGAGGAGGAGGAGGAGGAGGAGGAGGAGGAGGAGGAGGAGGAGGAGGAGGACGAGGAACAGUGGGGGCAGGAGCGGAGGAAGAGGAAAAGGCACAAGAGACCUAGGGCAGGCGGGAGGGAUGAGGAAGAGGAUGAGAAACGGGGGGGGCAAGAGCUUAGGAAGGGCAGAAGGCACAAGGGAGGGAAAACCAGGGGAGGCAGGAGGGAAGCGGACGAGGAAGAGGAGAAGGAAGAGGAGCUGGGGGAUAAGAAAUAG